AAGUGACUUGUUGGCAUGACAAGUAUCGUGCUCCACACAGCACAAACCGUCCAUGCCGUCGCUGCACCUACCCUGGCGCAGUUCGCCAUCGUGUGUGACCUCAUAACUCCCCUCAAAUUCGAGGCGUUGAAUGCUUUCAUCGAUGGCAUUGUGUCGCCCUCGACGCCGCCGCCUGAUGUGUUGCGCUACACCGUGUGCCUAUUUGGGGCGUAUCCCUUUGCAACCCUGUUUCCAUUGAUUUCAUCGCCAACCAUCAAGCACCUUGUCAGCUUGGGUUUGGGUGUCGCCAUCGCACAGUUCGUGUUUGGAUCGACGUGGGUCCACCCUCUCAUCAUGACCGCGGGUUCAUACGUCCUCGUGUUGGUGGCUCCUCGACGGCAUGUCGGCGCGAUCUCCCUGGUCUGGAAUUUGGUGUACCUAUCGUUUUCCCACCUUUAUCGAAUGUACGUCGAUUACAUGGGCGUGACGUUGGAAAUCUCUGGCGCCCAAAUGAUCGUUUGUAUGAAACUCACGGCGUUUGCGUACAACAUUCACGAUGGUGUCGUCGACGGCCGGCGCUUCGACUCGCCCACGGACAACAAAAACCUCGCGCGGGUAUUUGCGUCGCGAAAAGCCCUGGCUGUGACGUCCGUUCCAUCGCUCCUUGAGUAUUUCUCGUUCGCAUUCUGUUUCUCAACGUUUUUGGCGGGGCCGUCCUUCGAGUUCCGCGAGUACAUCGACGUUAUCAAUGGUACUAAGGUCGUUGGCCCCGGUCGGGUUCGGGCGGGCGUCACAAAGUUAUCCAUCGGCCUUUUUUACGUCGGAUUGACGGCAGCAUUUGGGAUGCAAUAUCCCACCACCAUGUUCUUCGACGAUGCCGUGGCAGCGUUGCCUUGGUACAAACAGAUCCCGACACUGUACUUUGCGUUUUUCCUCUUCAAGUGCCGCUUUUACGGCUGCUGGACGGUCGCUGAAGGUGCCACGGUCUUGUGCGGGUUUGGCUAUGAAGGUGUCCUGGACGGAAAGCACCGAUGGAAUGGCGUCCAGUACAUGAACGUGUGGGAGUUUGAGUUUGCAUCGUGCCACCGAGACAGCACCAGGAAGUGGAACAAAGUCACCCAAGGCUGGCUGGAAAAGUACAUAUACUCCCGCACGAACAACUCGUUGGUCGCGACGUACUUCGUGUCGGCGUUGUGGCACGGCUUUUACCCAGGGUACUAUUUAUUCUUCAUGCUCAUGCCCCUCCCCACUGCCGUGAAUCGCGUUGCACACAAGAAACUGCGGCCGUGGUUCCUCGAGCAUGAUGGGUCGGAAGGUUUCAAGAAGCACGUCUACGACGUUGUCGGUGGUUUCCUCAAUGCGUUGAGCAUCCACUACAUAUCGCUUCCGUUCCUCACGCUGGGUUGGACCGAGUCAAUGCAGGCAUACACCAACCUCAAGUUCUCUGGGCACAUCGUACUCGUCACCUUCUUGGCCGUCUUGACCAUCCUUCCCACUCGGAAAAACAUUUCAGCUAAACGAGAUUAGUUCCAUCAUGCAUGCUUCCAUA